AUAUAUAUAUAUUUUUAUUUUUUUUGCUCAAACAGCUCGAUAUUUGUUUUUGACUUGUGGUUAUUUUGGAGGAGCGUGUGAAGCGGACAACAUGCGUCUGAUCCAGAACAUGACGACCAUCUCGGAGUAUCCGACCCCAGAGUACUCUGGCCCCAGCCGGACCAUUAAGAUAGCGGUGAUAGGAGGCAGCGGAGUGGGCAAAACUGCUCUGGUUGUUAGAUUCCUGACAAGGCGAUUCAUCGGAGACUAUGAGAGGAAUGCCGGUAAUCUGUAUUCUAGAGAGGUCCAGGUGGACGGAGAACAAGUGGCCAUCCAGGUCCAGGACACUCCUGGUGCAGAGAUGAGCGACAAUGGCAUCAGUCUACCUGAACAUGUGUCCUGUUCCAUCCAGUGGGCUGAUGCUGUGGUGCUGGUCUACUCUGUGACAGAUCGCCAUAGCUUUGACCUGAUUGAUCAGUUGCACCAGCUGGUUGUGCGUGCCGGCAGUGGGAAUACUCCCCCAGUCAUCCUGCUGGCCAAUAAGGCAGACUUACUGCACCUGAGACGUGUCGACACCCAGCAGGGCCCUUUACUGGCAGGAGCUCUGGGCUGCUCUUUCUAUGAAGUGUCAGCCAGCGAGGACUACAACCAGGUCCACGGGGCGUUCCACAGGCUGUGCUGUCAGCUUGCCAAGCAGCAGCCAGCCCCCGCCUCCAACCCCACACAGAACUCUGCCAGCACUGCCACAGAAAAGAGGCGCUCGCCUCUCAUCCCCAGGCCAAAGUCUCCUAACAUGCAAGACCUGAAGAGGCGUUUCAAACAGGCGCUGUCAGCAAAAGUGAGGACUGUCACCUCAGUGUGAAGGGGAUAAAAGUUGAAAGUGGUCCAAAGUGGCCACAGAAAGAAGGAAAGCAUUGAAAGAGGACAGAGGAGAUUCACUGUUCUCCAUAGACGUCCUGUGCUGAUGAGGACACAGUGAGAAGGACAGUGAUUGGUUCUAACACAGGGCAGAUGAAUCUUGAUAGAGGUAAUGAUAUUUAGGCAGGAAAGGCGUCUGUCCUGACAAACUAUGUGUGAGGAGGUUUGUCACCUUAAGUGGCAUAACGGACAGCUGAGGACAGACAGACAGCUGCUGUCUGGAGUGGACUGAAACCCAGAUGAUCUGGGUAUGAACACACAAACUGUAAAUCAUGCUCUCUUGGCAACAGUGCCGCUAAAGGACACUACUGCUUAUUUUUAGUCUCUGCUCAUUGUGACAGUCUUUAUUCAGACUGCCUCUACAUGGCACAGCUAAAUGCAGGUAUUAUUAAACCAGCCACUUGAGCUCAGUGCAGCCAGUAUGUGUUUGUGUAUUCAGUCUGUUUGUCAGUAAUAACUGCAGUGUAUUUUUUGCAUCCAAAACCAUCAUUGUGAGGGAUGAUUGCGGGGGAGUGGAGCAGCAGUAUGUAGCAUGUGGCGGUUAUUAUUAUCACUAUUGCACUUUAAAAGGAAAAGUCCAAAGGGCCAUUUGUUAUUUAUUUGUUAUGGUGUCACUUUUUUGGUCACAAUAAAAUGAUGAUGAAUUAGAA